CAGUAUAAUAUGAAAAAAGACGCAACACCACAAAUGUAUAAUUGAAAUAAAAAAGAAAAAUACAAAGUCUUUUUAAUACUCACUGUGAAGCUGCGAUUAAUUUUUAACGCCGUUCAAAACUAGUUGGCGCGUUUAGUGUUGUGAAAUACAUUUGAAAUAUUAACGAAUAGUUGUUGGUACAGCCAAGGCUAAGCGUCAGUGAAGUUCAGCGCGAUUUUUUAAUCUUUUUUUAAUAUAAACUAAGAUUUAUUGUUUUCGUACUGUGUUUCACACAAAUUCCAAAUUAAGUGAAUAUUUCUUGUUUGUAGUAAAACUAUGGAGAAUUCGCGUCGUUCAGUUGCUUCCGGUGAGGACAGCCUCAGUGUGUAUUUGUCCUUUGACGCCGAUGACACGCUGGCUAGUAAAUGGCAAUCGGCGAUGGCAUCUCAAACUAGUCAUUAUUUGGAAAUGCAAAACAUGGAACAGGACCCAAUACAUGACGACACCCUGGAGGAGAAGAAAAAUGAUGUAAAAACAAUACUUGACACUAUAAUGAAGAAUGACAUUUCGAAAGAUCAGGCCUCUCCUUUGCGCCCUUUUGACAAAAGUAUUUUCAACAAACAUAAUGCAUUGUGCUCGACUCCCACAAAAAACAUAAUGCCCUGCAUGCGUCAAAAUGUGACUUCAAUGGACGCUGAUAAGGAAAAUGCACAGCCAGAUGAACAGAAUUCAACAUUAUCAUCCACUAUUGACGCCACAGCCUCCACUGUGAAGACUAAUACGAUGUUCAGUGAGACAAAUGUUACGCUUGAGGAAAAUUCUGUGAAAGAAAACAACAAUAAGAGUAAUAUUUACCCUUUGAGCGAAAAUGUUGUGCUAGAAAAUAUUACGGAAGUUUCGAAUGAGGAUCCGUCCAUAACUAUGCCGUCUACAUCUCCAUUGGUUGCAGUCGAACAGGACAUAAAGGAAAUAAAAGUGGCUGAGGUCACUGACAUGGUCAAUGAAGUUUCCGAGUUGAUCGCUAAAGCUCUCAAGCUUACCGAGGGCUCAACAAAGCCCGAAAAAUCAACAAAGCUGCCCAUAGUUGCUUUGCCUCGCCCGCGCCGCUCCUUCCUGCCCACAGCUAGUGGCACAACAUUUAAGCAGCGGAUGUCGAUUGUUGUGAAAACCACAUUGAAUAGUCCAGCGCGUAAACUAGCUACAGGUAAUCCUAUUGGUCGCCGCAGUUGCAUGCCCGCGUCCAAGACUGCUAUAGGAAAUAGUGGAUACCGAAAGUCUUUGUUGCCUCGUGUGUCUCAAAUCACCUCUAGCAAGGAAAUCACUGUAAAGGCAACACAUUCUGCUGUGGAUGUAGCUGUUGUAACUGCUCGUCCAAUAAAUACAUUUAAAUGCCGCUUAUGCAGUGCCACUUUCCGUGAGCAAAACCUGCUUGAUACGCACAUGGAUUCACACUUGAAGAGUGCGCUAAUUACGAGAAACAAGAAUUCAUUUUUCUGCAAAUAUUGUGACAAAAAGUUUGUCCUGGAACGCGCGCUACACAUACAUCUGAUGCAGAACUGUGACAAAAUACCGCCCGGCGAGAAGCGCAAGCUUGAAUAUACUGAGUUAAAUCAUGUUAAAAAGGCUAAGCUACCUAAGCUGGUUCCCAGCUCGUCAGCUGUAAGCUUCGACAACUCAAAGCCGCGAGAGAGCAUAAUGCAAAAGUUAGAGAAACAACCGCCCAUGGCCACCACCAACAAUAGCUGUGGAGGUACGGACCCAGCACGUAAAGAUGUAAAAAUGGCACCACCAUCGGUUAAGAAGGCUCCCAAGCGUGUGGCCCACGCUGGCGUAUAUCGUACGCCUACAAAAUCUGUGCCCUGUCACAUCUGUAAGCAGUCAUUCAAGAGCAUACUCGAUUAUACCAACCACUGCCUGACAGUACACUCAAAAAACAAGAAGUCGGUCACAACUAAUGCACUGAGUGCUCUAGAUGAAGAUUAAAUCAAAUGCCUUAGUUUAAGUUGUGUUUACUUUACAGUUAAUAUCAAAUAUACGAUUAAAUAAUUUAAACGGU